GCCUAGAAUUGAAUUGAGAGAGACAGUGAAUGGGAAGGAGAGAGAAGAGACGUGAGAGAGAGAAGUAAGACGGGGAGAGAAGGAGAAUAGAAGAGGUGUAGUUCUAGAGAAGGUUUAGGUAACAUGGUUGUUGGGAAAUCUGGUGCAGUAGGACUAGUAAGGUGUUUAUUCACUCCAGACCACUACGUCACGAUUUGUUAUGAUUAGACUUUGCCGUUACAGCACUUCUUCCGCUGAGGAGACAGUUGACGGGGAGUUCUAGGAGUUUUACGAUCUAACCAGUCCGGUGACAUGGCGAGAGAGGCGGUAAGCAGAGAGAGAUAGUGAAAGAGAAGUGCCUACUACUAUGGCUCCGUUACAGCUCGCGGUGUACUGGCGUCUCGCGCUCAUAUUCUUCUUCAUGGCGUUUCUCUUCUUCCUCGACCUCUUCGCUGUUAGCAGGGCAACCUCCUCGUGCAAUAACGUCCCGGGUGAGUUACCGGCCCGGAGUCGAACCUUUGGAGAAGUAUCUUCUAGUGCCAAUACACAGAACUGGACUACAUGGGAGGUGCGCGAGGUAUUAUUACCGCCACAGGAUGAGAUUACGGGUGGGAACGACACGGAAAGAGAGAAUGACACAGUGUGUAUGGACCCGGAGCUGAUGUCGUACAGUCAGACCAUCUACAUGACUGGUCUUCUGCUAGGAUCUCUGUUUGGAGGAGCUCUCUCUGACAGGUACGGUAAGCGAGCAGUGCUGCUGGUGUGUGUGUGUGUUAAUGCUGUGACUGCUGUGCUGCCGGCAGUCCUUCCUUACGCCCUCCUCUUCCUCACCCUGCGCUGUCUGGCCGGGGUCUCCUGCUGCUGCAUCAAUAUCUGCAGCUUCAGCCUGGGUGUGGAAUGGAGUCUUCCCAGGUAUCGUAUAUGGCCCCCGGCCCUCCUGUCCUUCUCCUUCAGUCUGGGUAUGAUGGCCCUGGCUCCGCUGGCGUACCUGACACACACCUGGACACAGCUACACCUGGCACUGGCCGUACCACAGAUCCUCUGUCUGCCACUCUACUAUUGUAUUCCUGAGUCUCCUCGCUGGCUGCUCCUGAAGAGGAGGACAGAGACUCUGGAGCAGUAUAGGAGACACAGUCCUGAGGACAGACGCUUUCUAGACCUGUUGUUGGACACAGAGGGGAAGGACCUGCAGGAAGUCCACCUGGACACAGAGGGGAAGGACAUGCAGGAAGUCCACCUUAACACAGAGGGGAAGAACCUGCAGGAAGUCCACCUGAACACAGAGGGGAAGGACCUGCAGGAAGUCCACCUUAACACAGAGGGGAAGGACCUGCAGGAAGUCCACCUGAACACAGAGGGGAAGGACCUGCAGGAAGUCCACCUGAACACAGAGGGGAAGGACCUGCAGGAAGUCCACCUGGACACAGACACACCUGACAAUGAGACACACACACCAAAGACAGACACACAAACAUGGGAGGAACACACACUUUCCCACUGCGGACACAUGAGAAGUCCCACCAUCCUUCUGCGCCUGGUCAUCUUGAGUUACAUUGGGCUAGCAUCAGCCCUGACGUACUAUGGUAUCUGUAUGAAUGUCGGGCGGUUUGGGGUGGAUGUCUUCCUGGCUCAGUUCUUCAGCGGCCUAUCAGAGGCUCCCUGCCUGCUCGUCCCAUUCCUAUUGGCUCGCUGGGGCAGACGCCCAAUCAGCAUGCUAUCCCUGUUCCUCAGUGGCUCCUUCUGCCUGCUGUCCCUGCUCGCAUCACGCUUCUACGAUAUUCCAGCGUUGGUGAUGACUCUGGCCCUGGUGGGGAAGCUGUGUAUGCAGACCACUGUGUUUGUCUCUGUACUCUACGGCAUCGAACUCUUCCCUACGCUCAUCAGACAGAAGUGUGUGGGCUUGGUGUGUCUGUGUUACAGGGUGGGCUGUAUCCUGAAUGCGGUGGUCAGUCCUAGAGGAGAAACCAUCCCAUUGGCCGCUAUGAUUCUGUAUGGGAGUGGCCCCAUUGUUGGGGCGGGACUGUGUCUGUUUCUACCGGAGACCAGUGGUGUGCCGCUCCCUGAUUCGCUAGAGGACUGUGACAAACAACCCAGUCUUCAUCUACCAACCUUCCCUUCCCUUUGGUCUUCAGAGGGUGCUCAGCGGAUACCCCAGCUGGCGAAGCCUACCCGUUCCUGGGAGACCCAGAGAAGCCCUCCCACAACCCACAGGAUCUCAACUAACUCAAACUGCACGUACACAAACACACACAUGCUGUAGAUACAUGUAUUUGAAGUUCCACGGUGCUCAGUUGGUACAGAACGCAAUAAACUGGGAGGUACUACCUGAACUUUGAACCAUAAACAUUGCAAUACAUUUUGAGACGUUGUGCCCUACUGAACACGACCGUGGUUUUAGUGUUUUAUAGGUUUGAUCCUGUAUCUCCCACAGCCUGCAGAGGCUCGCGUGUGUGAGAUGUGAGGAAACAUUGCUAAUGUAGCAUUGUGUGAACAGCUCUGCAGGAAGGUUCUGUGUGUGCAUUUUCUUAUCCUUGCACAAUCCUUGUUAUCCUUGCACAAUCAUGAUUCUCCCUUGCACCUUGCUGACAUUUCUACACUGUGUUUCAUAUCAAGUUGACUUUCGAUGGGGGGGGGGGGGGGGGGGGGGCUGUCUUAUCAUAAAGGGUGUGGUCUUGUUGCUGUAUGUUUGAUAUUGAAAUCAGAUGUCUGUAGUUAUGUGUAGGAAUGUUGUCCUGUCCGGUGGCAGGGUCACGCUGUUGAAAUGACCAAUUGUUUCUCAUUAUGUGCUGUUGUGUGUUCUUAUAGGCCGAGGAAUGUUCUCCUGUACAGACUGUAGAUUUCCUGUUCUUUGAUAUUAAAUUAAAAAAAAAAUAGAUUUUUCAA